UACAACCAGAGGACUACCAUUCCACAGGUCAGAUAUACAUUAAAAAUGGCCAAAGAACCUCCAGUACCUACCGGACCCGCAGCAUCAGAAUCCUCUACCAAAUCCCAACAUAACAAACUACCCCUCCUCACAAAAAACCAAAAAAUCUCCAAACGCCCUCUCCUCCACGCGCCCGUCUCCUCGCCCCGAACCUCCUCCUCCACCCAGAAAAUAAUCUACGUCUCCGCCUCCUCACCAUUCAUCAGCGUCGUCAAACGCGUACGAACCUACCUCGAUGCCAUUGAAUCGCGGUCUGCUGGAAAAUUGAGCUUGGAGGGAGGAGAUGGGAAACUUUUGAAGGGAAUUGAGAAGGGCGUGAAUAGCGGGGGUGGGAUCGGAGAGGGAAAGGGGAAGAGAGAUGAAGAGGUGGUGAUUAAGGGGACAGGGAAGGCGAUUGAGAAGGUUGUUAGGUUGGCGGCUUGGUGGCAGGGGCAGAGUGAUGUGAGGGUUGUGGUGAGGACGGGGACUGUAGGGGCUGUGGAUGAUAUUAUUGAGAGCGGGGAGGGCGGUGAUGGUGAAGGCUUUGCGGAAGAGAGUCGAGUGAGGAGAGUCAGUUGUCUGGAGGUUGGGAUUAGGUUGCGGUGA